UACGGGCUACGCCUAUAUAAUGAGGCGCUUCCCUACAUCUAAUCCAUUCAUUGAGUCCUCAUUCAUCAUUACCAAUUCAAACUUUAAUUCAGAUAUUCUGAAGAAGAAGCCGUCAAUUAUAUUCUCCAACGAAGUGUGUGUGUUUCCGGUGGUGUAUCACUGUGUGUUUCUAUGUACAUGAAUUCUGAAUCUACUUCCAUAUGCAUAUUUUUGCAUACGUAUCAUAUCUUCUUCCAUUUUCUAUUCAAGUUCCUUUCCUUAUUUUCCAUUUUCCCUCCCAAUUCUCCACGAAAAUCUGAUUUUCCUUUCCUUACAAACAGUCGUUAUCCUUUUUCUGAACCUCCGCCUCCUUCAGAAAACAACGGUAACCGCUUGCUGGAAGCCUAGAGGAUUUUCCGUUUUCGUAGAAUUGUGACUGUUCGAUUUCUCGUGGAUCUAAGCGGUUUAAAAAAGAGUUUAAAAAAUGGAUAACGAAGUGUUUGAUAGUGUGAAAUUUGAGAAAGCCAAGGCAAUUUCUAGGUACAAUCGGCUUCAGAAUAUGAUGAAGAUACUACAAAUUUUUGAAGUGAUUGUGGCGGUCGUUUUGAUUUCCUGGUCCUGGACUCGUAUUCCGGCGGCCGUUAAAUUCUCAGGCGAAAUUUUGGUUCAAGUCGUUGAUUAUCUGUUCAAACCUCACGUCGUUUUCCUCAUUGGCAAUGCGAUUGUUGUUGCAAUAGUCGUACUCUGCCGCCAAACUGACGCCGGAAGCAACAACUCUGUUACUGAUGAUAUUCAUGGCGAUGAAAUUCCUUACAGCGAAGAUCAUCGAUCUACAAUCAUCACUUCCUACUGCGGCAGCGAUGUGACGGAUUUAUCCUCUGCUUCGCUGCCGGAGACAGCGGUCUCAACAAUGGAAGAUAAGCAGAUCAUUUCAUCGGAGUGUAAGGUUCCAGAGAUGAUAUGCAACGAUAUGGACACAGCAAUAAUCGCAGCAACAAAGCAAAUACAGAAGUUCAAAAGGACUCAAUCUGAGAAAUUGAAGCGACAGAUUACGGCGAAUCCACGGCGAGAGCUCCGGCGUUCGGAAACCGAAAUGUGCAGGACAGUUGUCCGUCCCGGCGAUAAACAAUCAACGGUGCCAGUGGAGGCAGUUGACACACUGAGCAACGAAGAUUUCCGGCUUACAAUUGAAGCGUUCAUAAAGAAGAACCAAACCUUCUUCGAAAAACAGAGAUUAGCCGAAUCAGAACCAGAAAAAUAUGAACGAAUCGGUAUCGAAGCAUUCUGAAAACUGUUACAUUUUGUUGGAUCGUAAGAAAUAACAGUCUAUGGAGUAAUAGUUUCUACUACAAUCUCGUAAAGGUCAAUGAGUAUUAGUGUUAAUUACCUACCUCUUAAUGAGAUAUGAAUGUACAGAGCUACUCUGCCUAUUCCCUGUUUUUUCUGGAUUUAGGAAGCCAUGUUUGCUUAACUGUAGUACUGUACCUGUUCUUCUCUUUCCAAUAAUAGUAACUUUUGGUUAUUAAGCCUAAA